AUGGAGCCGGUGCUUUUUGCAUGGGGUGCAAACAGUUAUGGACAACUUGGUCUUGGUCAUAAAGAGGAUGUGCUGGUACCUCAGCCACUGAAAAAUGUUUCCUGCAAAUGUCAAGACAUUAAAAGCAUUACUGGAGGAGGGGGACAUUCUGCAGUUAUCACUGGUGCGGGAGAACUCUUUGUAUGUGGCCAUAACAAAGAUGGGCAGUUGGGAUUGAAUCACACGGAGGAUAUACUGCAUUUUACUUUGUGCACUGCUGUGUCCGGCUUUUGUGUAAAACGAGUUGCCUGUGGCUGGGAUUUUACAAUCAUAUUAGUAGGAUCUGGCCUAGUUCUGUCCUGUGGGUCUAACUCUUUUGGACAGUUGGGAGUUCCUCAAGUACCAAGUCCAUGCUUGAUUCCACAAAAGAUUGAGUCUCUCAAAGAGAAGGUGGUGGAUGUUGCUGCAGGGCUGAGACAUUCCCUUGCUGCUACAGAGAGCGGUUUGGUGUUCCAGUGGGGAACUGGCAUGGCAUCUCGGGCAAAGCGUGCAAAUCAAGGAAGAACCCUCCCCCUGUUCUUGACAGCAAAGGAGCCCUGUGAAGUAACAGGCAUGGAAGAUGUAAAGGUGAAGAGGGUUGCUGCAAGCUCCUAUCAUUCGGUGUCACUCACAGAUGGAGGAGACCUGUAUGUCUGGGGUAGCAACAAACAUUGGCAGCUGGUGAGCAAAGAGAUCUUUCUUGUUGAGCCCAAGAAGAUUGAGACUGAAUUUUUUUCACAUGACAAAAUUGGAGCAGUUUGGAGUGGCUGGACCCACUUGGUGGCACAAACAG